AUGGCCGACUUUUCUACUACAGAGCUCAUUGGUAUGGAGCGACAUAUUGCCGUCGCCACACGUUGUGUUCAAGAUGCAGAAAGGACCAUUAGUGACGUCGCAAAUGCGAAGACUUCAGGCAAGGAGCUGGGAAGAAAGGUUUUGGACGCAACCAAUCAGAUCAUGCCCGUGAUGUCAGCCAUCGCCGAGUUACACCCUAUCGCAAAGACUGUCGUAGGCGUCUUGAAGAGCAUCACGCAAUUGGAGACAGACAGGCUGGCGAACGAUGUCCGGAUCAUGGUCGUUCAUCAUGCCAUGAGUCUCACCAUCUUUUCUCUUCGUCACUUGGUGGAGAUCAAGGUCUCUGAAUCGAUCUACGAAGCUUUGCGCGGCCCUCUCACAAGGCUCGAACAUAGUAUGCACGAUUUCGGGAACUUUGCUGUAUGGUACUACGGAGCGAGACGGAUAGUCCGAUUCUUCAAAGCUGCCGAGCUUCGCGAACAGCUCCAAACCUACGUGACCAACUUCAGCUCGCACAAGACCGAGAUCCACGACAUCGUUCGUAUUCAGACUGCGGUCACGGUCAACGGCAUCCGCUCUCAGAUGGACAACUUUGGAGGUAGCUUGGAAAAGAUACUGAGUACUUUGGGGGAGGAUGGAAAGAGAGAAUCGGAAGCGGCUCGUAUCAUCGAGUCGUACGGCUCCGUCAAGGAUGUCAUUGAGAAUGAGACGUGGUUAGGUGAGGUCGCUCAUAAACUCGGGGAGAGGUUGAGUGAAGGCGUCUAUGAACUCAUCAAAGAUGAGGACAUCAAGACGGUCUGGGAAGCAAUGAAAUGGCCAAGCUCUGUCAAGAGUCGCGUCUUUGUUAACGCCAUAUACGAUUAUUAUCGAGACAAGUUCAGACAUCAUUUCCGGACGAAUGAGAACGUAUUUGCGCACGACUUCUGGACCUUCCACAUCCUCUCGAGGGUGAUCUAUCAUUCAGCGAUAGGGGACGCCAUCGACGCAGAUAGUAGCGGAUUCAUAUGUGUCCAUGAGGUCAACACAUUCAUUAAAAAGUGUCCGCCUGGAUGGUCUCUUCCAGAAUGGAUCGCAUUAAGUUGGGCUAGAGGAUGGGACGACAGCAAUAUCGGCUACCACAAGAGGAUACAAGGACGUCUCUGUGACAUCGAACGCACCUACCGUCUGCAUUCGCCUACUAAAAGGCCUGUGAUAAAGAAUUUCGUGAAACUCCUUUCAUCUUUUGUCCACGCGAUCGUCUCGCGCUAUGCGGAAGACAAUGACGAUGUCUUCGCGAAGAUGGUUCGGGACGAGAUCUAUGCAGAAGAUCUCGGCCGUCUACAGUUGGAGUACCGUGAACAUGAGGAGGCUCGUCUCGAAAAGGUUCUGAAUGAGAUGGUGAUCGAUGACGAACCGUCUGUGAUCGCCAUCGUCGGCCAGCCUCGCAUUGAAUUGCUGACUCUGGCACAGUCCAUCUUGCCUUUCCUAUAUGUGUGGCUCCCUCGUGUUCAUGAUCUCGUCCAUCGUAUGGAAAAGAACGAUUUCCCUACAGCCGAAGACGAAGACAGCCUGGACGAACUCGUGACUGCUAUGACGUUCGUUAUGUAUGUGUUCAACGCGAGGAUGUUGGACCUUAGUAGGAGCUGGCGUCAGCAGCGUAUGAGCGUUUCGGUUCAGAUUGAAUCCUUCUGUGGUGGGAUAUUCAGCAACUGGUACGAAGAGGAACCUGGCAACAUAUUAGCGAAGCUGUUGAUACGCACUGCCGGUGUGGAUGACGAUAAUUGUGAGAGUGAUGAUGAGUAUAAGAGCGACGGACCAGAAACGACGAAAACCGAGGAAACCCAUCUGACCGGUGACUUAGAUCAGAAGGCGAGUAUAUCGACGCCUUGA